AUGUCGAGUUCAAUCACCACUUCGCUCCUUGUCAACGGUGUCGGCACUCAGACACUGGUGGCCGAGGUUCUGGGCGCCGACGCGACCGCAACCACCUACUUGCUCAACUGCCCCAGCGGCACCGACAGCAAUGACUGCGGCAUGUACAAUGCUUCGGUCACCGUCGGGCCCUGGGCAAGCCAGACUCUCCCAUCGGGCGCCAAGGAAACCGGCAACUUCGACUUCUCCAUGUCAAUGGAUACCUUCCAGUUCUCCCUUCACUGCGAGAUGAGCAAGACCGUCGCCCAAAAGUGCACCACUGUCAAUAUCGGCGGCAACAAUGACGACACCCCGACAUUGACCAUCUCGGCCAGCGAGCUUGAGCAGUAUAGCUUCACCUAUGUGCCCGUAACCAUUACUGCCGGCCAGGAGCUUCUGAGCGCGGCCACUGCCAGCGAGACGACGGCUUCAUCUUCAAGCAGCUCGGCCGAUGCGAAGGAGACCGGCGCUGCCGCUUCUCGUGCCGUCGGGAUCCUCGCAGCCCUUUCUGUGGCUGUCCUUACGACAAGCGCAUUGGUACUGUGA